AUGGCCCUAGGAGAAGAUGAUAUACUAUCAGUUCCAUUCAAAUACUUUGUCUUCUGUAUUGGCGGUCUCCCAUCAUCGGCGCUUCUGAUAUGCGUGCUACUAUCCUUAUUUCUUCAUUUCGAUCAAUCCACAUCUACUCACUGCGAAGUUGCGAACUGGCUCCCAUCAAUAUCUGCCGCCGUUUCCACAUAUACACCUGAAAAGUACAUAUGGAGGAUUCUAAUCGGAUUGCAUAUAGGUCCUCGUCUUGUAGUUGCUGUUGCUUUUCGCAACUUUUUGUUGAGCUCCCCUCUGAGACCUUACACGGGAUCCAAACAAUUCAGGUUUUUAUGCAACUUGGCAUGUUGUUUAAAUCUUCUCGAGAACUUUUUCUUAUUGGCUCUAACUUCCAUUUCAUCAAGUGAAGAUCAUGGUAAAAUUUAUAUUAAGCAACGCGUCGCAACGGAAAAAAGAAAUCUUCCAGCUCUGCAUGCAAAGUGCUUCGGCGGAUUUGCCAUUUCAUCGAUUAUCUAUAUGAUUUUGAGUACGUGGCUUUUCAGUGAAUCGGGAAGGAGAAGAGCAACAAACAUGGGCGAACGUUCCUACGAAUACAAAAUUCUUGGAGCUUCCAUUUUUGUAGUGUGCUUUUUCCUUGGCGGAUAUCUUUACUGGAGGCAUAAUACCUACUGCGAACCAGGAAUUUAUACUCUUUUUGCGUUGGUCGAAUAUUCUGCAGUGCUCUCGAAUAUCUUCUUCCAUUGUACUUUAUACUAUGACUUUCACGGCAAAAAUAUCGCAUUAACCUCCUCAUUCGGAAGUAGUCAUUACAAUCUUUUGCCGACACAAAUCGAAAAAGAUACAUAA